CUUCUGUGUGUGAGGACGUGCUAUCCAAUUGCUAAUCAAUAUUUCUUCAAAUAUAGUGAUUUAUUAUCAUUUCCAACAAUAAAUUCUAUUUAAACAGGUUGCAGUUCUCUGUCAUCACUAACUGUACAACCAGGGUUGGAGAGUCGCACGUAGAAAAGUCGAAGCUAAAAGCCAGAAGCAAAACGAGAAGGAGAAGAUGAUUAACGUAGAUCUAAUGACGGGAAUCCCCUUGAUGCUCCAUGAGUAUAGUCAGCUAUGGUUCAAUGCUAGUCUUCAAGGUUCAAUGUAUGGUUCAAUAUUUCCCGCUUGUUCACGAUGCCACAUUUCUAGAGACUUUCAUGAUACUAAAAAUAAUUCUAGAUAUGGAGAGAAAUAUCUAGGGAAUAAUAAACAGAUGACAAAAAUAAUAAAAGAGUAGACAGAUACAAAAAAAUAGAGUUAUUUAUUAUAAAAUAGUAUUAAUCGUCAAGUUGAUUUAUUAUAUAAAUAUUAUGUGGCAUAAGAAAUAAGAAUUUCUGAUCAAUUGUUGCACGCAAAUCGUACAUACAUAAAUAGAUAUUUAUUUAAAAAAAAAAUAAAUAAUGGCAGAUAAUUUGGUAAAAUUUUCAAAAUUGAGAUCUGCAACAGAAACCAGUUUUUGGGCAAAAUUUUCCGAAUUGAAAAUUGAUAAAUUCAAAUUGGAUGAUAAAAUUAAUAUACCUCUAUGGGGGAGCUAUAAUUUAGAUGAUAGUAGAUCAACUCCAUUGUUUUUAGAUUAUACAUCCUUCAACAAAAAUUUAGAAACCACAUUACAUAACAAUGAGGUCGCUUGCUAUGGAUUCAUGAUGAAUACAAAUACUCUUGAAUUGUUCAAACAAACACAACCUGAACAAUUUAUUAAUUCAUUUGCAAAGCAUUUAGUUGAAUCAAUUAAAAGUGGUACUGCUCUUCAAGAGCCAUGGAGACUCUCAUUAUUUAUAAUGCUCUCCUACUCUGAUUUGAAAAAAUACAAAUUUUUUUACUGGGUUGCACAUCCAACUCCAUAUAAUUUACCUGAAACUUUUUACCAAAAGAAUCCAAUGCCAAUAUGUGAUGAAUUCAAUUCUAAUCAAAUUAUUGACUUACAAAAAAGUUUUUAUGAACUAGAUAGUAAAUCGAAAUCAUUUUUCACUGUUUUUAUAUCGAAAGAAGAAAAUAGCGUUAAAGUUAGAACAUUAGCUGAAGGAGUAGAAUAUAUAAAAAAUAAUCCAAUUUCCGAUUCACAGUCACAGAAUGAAGUUAAUGUUUAUUUUGCAUUUUACGAUCCAUCGGGAAAUUCGACAAUUACACCCGGUUGGCCUCUUCGAAAUUUAUUGUGUCUACUUUUUUGGCAUUGUCCAAAUUUCAGUUUUAAUGAAACAAUGAAUUUCCUCGCAAUAAGAGGAAAAGAUAUCAAUAAAGCAAUGAUUUAUUCUAUAAAAUCAAAAGAAUAUACAGAUAUUGAAAAUAUGAGAAAUGAAAUUUUAAAAGAACAUUUUGUCGGUUGGGAAUCGAAUUCAAGUGGAAAAAUGGGUCCCAAUAUCACAGACUUAUCUGAUACUAUGGAUCCUGUUAAAUUAUCAAGUAGAGCAGUUAAUUUAAAUCUUAAAUUAAUUAAAUGGCGUCUUGUUCCUGAAUUGGAUCUUGAAAAAAUUAGUCAACUUCGAUGUCUUUUAUUAGGUGCUGGAACUUUAGGUUGUUCCGUUGCACGAGUCCUACUUGGUUGGGGCGUUAAUACAAUAACUUUUGUUGAUAAUUCCGUCGUAUCGCAUAGCAAUACUGUACGCCAAAGUCUUUAUACUCACGAAGAUGCUGUUAAACGUCGUAAUAAAGCUGAAGCAGCUAAAGAGGCUCUACAUAGAAUUCAUCCUAGUUUGAAUGCUGAGGGUGUAGUUUUACAAAUUCCAAUGCCAGGACAUGUUGUUGGAAAAAGUAUGUUGGAAUCGACAGAGCAGGCUUUUAAAAAAUUGGAAGAAUUAUAUGAAAAUCACGAUGUUGUUUUUCUUCUUUUGGAUUCUAGAGAGGCAAGAUGGUUGCCCACUGUUUUAUGUGCUGCAAUGAAUAAAAUUGUUAUUAACGCCGCUCUUGGUUUUGAUUCGUAUACAGUACAACGUCAUGGUACUCGCAAUUCACAAGAAGCUUCGACUCCCGAUUUAUUGGUACAAAAUCCAUCUGGCAAAGAUCUUGGCUGCUAUUUUUGCAACGAUAUAACACAACCUGGAAAUUCUCAGGUGGAUAGAACUUUAGAUCAACAAUGUACAGUGAGUCGACCGGGUUUAUCAAACAUUGCCUCUGGUUUGGCUGUUGAACUUUUAGUGGCAUUAACUCAACAUCCUGAUGAAAAUGAUGCAGUUGCCAUGUUGGAUGACAGUAAAGAUCAAGCACGCAUUAAUAAAAAUAAUUCUAGUAUUGGACUAUUAGGAGGAAUUCCACACACAAUUCGUGGUUCUUUAUGGGGUCAUGAAAUGAGAUUAACGAUCACUCAUAGAUUUCCUUCUUGUACCGCUUGCUCUUAUCCUAUUAUUAAUGAGUACAAAAAAAGAAGAUUUUCAUUUGUUCUUGACGCUUGCAAUCAACCAAAUUAUUUAGAGCAAUUAACUGGUUUAGAAGAAUUGCUCAAAAGUACUGAUUUUGAUGAGUUUUGUUACGCUCUUGAUACAUCAAGUGACGAGGAAAAAGAUUCGUGAAAAACAAAUUUUUUAGAAAAUGAAAACUUAGAAUUCUUAUUUUAUAAGAGGGUGAAAGAAACUUCAACUUUUGAUCGUCCUUCGAUGAUAAAUUAUUUUAUUACCUGAUGCCUUCCUUUCGCCAGCGUCUUGGGCAAUCGACGAUAUCAGUUUUCAUAUUGAGACCGGACUCACAUCUUUUUAAAAUACAAAAGCAAUGGUUGGAUGCUGGCAGCAACACAUUUUAUAUUCCUCCGUUACUGAUGAUGACAAUGAUGAAAAAAAAGCACCGAAUUAGAUGAAUUUGAAAUUCUUUAGCAAAAUUUUCUUUACAAUGAU